UCAUGACUGUAGUUCUUAAGAAUGUUAUAUAAUUUGAGAGUUUGGUUUCUUUCUGUUCCUUAGAUGUCCUUGUUAACUUUUUGAGAAUCAGUAAUGACAAUGGGGCUCGUAACAUGUAUGUGGUUGAUCCACUAGUCUAUAGUACUUGCCUCGUUAUGUUUGCUUAUAAGGCAUUUGCAACCCGUGUGUGAUGCUGACAUAUUGUGGGUUAGAGUUGGGAUGGUUUGAUUUCAGCAGCUUAAUUGCUGUUUUAUGUGUGAGAAAAGGUGUGAUUUCUCUGGUGGAUAUUGUUGUGGAUAGUUGCAUUCUACUUUUAUUGCUGAUUUUUAUUUUCGUAUUUGUUGGGGGAAUGUAAAGGUUAAACUUGCUCUAUGGACUGAACAGUGGAUUUAUCUCUGAAUGUGAUAGAACUUUAGCUGAUGAAACUGCUUCUGUAUUGUGCAUGUUUGCAGGCUCCUGUUGCCCCCUUGCGAAGGCCUGAUGCCCCUCCUGUUUUUGAUCAAGUUUGGCAGAAUGAUUCCCAUGAAGUUGUUGAUGAAGACCAAUCCCCUGAGCGAGGAAUCCCUACAGUUAUCACAUGGAGCCAUGGUGGAAACGAUGUGGCAGUCGAAGGAUCAUGGGACAACUUUUCUUCAAGGAAAAAGUUACAAAGAUCUGGGAAGGAUCAUUCUAUUCUUUUGGUCCUUCCAUCAGGUAUAUACCACUAUAAGUUCAUUGUGGAUGAAGAGUGGAGAUAUAUUCCAGAUCUUCCUUCUGUAACUGAUGAAAUGGGCCGUGUUUGUAAUCUUCUUGAUGUUCAUGAUUUUGUGCCAGAAUAUAUUGAUAGUGCAGUUGAGUUUGAGGCCCCACCAUCUCCAGACUCCACUUACAGUCAAGCAUUUCCAGCUGAGGAUGAUUUUGCGAAGGAUCCUUUAGCAGUUCCACCGCAGCUAAAUCUAACAGUCCUCGAUGAAGCUUCUUCUUCCAAGCCUCAACAUGUUGUGCUGAACCACCUUUACAUUGAGAAGGGAUGGGCAUCUCAGUCUCUAGUUGCUCUUGGACUAACCCAUAGAUUCCAAUCCAAGUAUGUAACUGUUUGUCUUUAUAAGCCACUCAGAAGGUAGCACCCUCCCACUUUCCAUUCAUGACUCUGAAGGAAAGAUGAUCGCUUUUGUAAUAUGGUUUGUUCUGAGAUUUCUCUGUUUAUAGAUUUUCUCUACUUCUGCCUGUUUUGUUUCUUGUAGUUAACUUUCAUUCUUUUGAAGCGCGCCUGCUUCAAUAUUAUUAUCAGGAAGGUCCA